UAAUCAGGUCGGUUUGAGAUCAAAAGUGUUCUAAAUGUAAACAACGCUAAACAUCAAAUAAGAUCAUAUUAGUAGUGUUAAAGGGUUAGGCGUAAUAACGAAAGAUUUCUUUAAAACGAUUUAAAACGUUUUAUUGUCCCCUUUCUUUCGGCCUCUGUCUCCCCCCACCCGUCAGUUAUCACUCCGGUUACUGACCUCCUGUGCCUGUCUUUCAGAAUUCAGUCAUCUCUUAUAGAGAAGUGCCUAACGGUAAAAACUCAGCAUGUUUUGGGUCUUCAGGACCUGUCUUUAUCUACUUCUUGCACACUGUGCUACAUCUGAGGUCUUCCUCCAAACCAAGGAUGCCAACCAGGUCCUCGCACGCCACAGGCGGGCCAACAGCUUUUUAGAGGAACUAAAAAAGGGUGACAUGGAGCGAGAGUGCAUAGAAGAGCGGUGUAGUUACGAGGAGGCCCGGGAGAUCUUCGAGGACAAGGACAAGACGGAUAAAUUCUGGAGUGUAUAUGUUGGUAAGUGACUGUAAUCAAGGGGCCUUUUUUAAGACAAUGAUCUAAUCACUUGCAGAUGGAAUCAGUGUCACAUUUUAAGAUGAAAUCCCUUUUUUAUUAUGAUUUUAUAAAUUAUAGAUGGAGAUGCAUGCGCCUCUAAUCCUUGUCUUAACAAGGGUUUGUGCAAAGAUGGAAUAGGGGCAUAUUCCUGUUACUGCCCUGAAUUGUUUCAGGGGACUAACUGUGAGAUUGCAAUUCCACAGCUGUGUGAGGAUAAGAAUGGGGGCUGUGAUCACUUCUGCAAAGUGGACCAGAAGAAGGGGACUGCACUCUGCUCUUGUGCCAAAGGUUACAACCUAGCAGCUGACAAGAAGACCUGUACAUCUGAUGAACCCUUUAAAUGUGGCCAUGUGUUUCCUAAGGGAACCCGAAGCAUUACAAUACAUCGUUCAACAGAAAAUGUCACUUAUACCGGCAAUGGCACCAUCCCUGUCAAUGUACCACUGGAAAUCCCUGAAGAAAACACAGUAAAAACCAAUUUAACUGCAAAAAAGACUGUUACAAAUGUCACUAAGAGCCAGGCAGACCCCAACAGUUGGUUUGGACUAAUAGAACCCAGUCCCACUCCUGUAGAGGAAUCAGUGUUCUCUGGAGAGACAAGAAUUGUGAACGGUGAGGACUGUCCUCCUGGAGAAUGUCCAUGGCAGGCAUUGCUCAUGAAUGAGGACAAGAUUGGCUUCUGUGGCGGGACUAUUCUGAAUGAAUACUUCAUUUUGUCUGCAGCCCACUGCAUGAACCUGUCCCGCUCCAUCACAGUCAUUCUAGGUGAAACAGACACCUUGGUUAGGGAAGGGCGAGAAGUGGUACAUUCUGUUGAACAAGUACUGGUACAUAAGCAGUAUCAGCCUGAGACCUACCACAAUGACAUUGCCCUCAUCAAGCUCGUCAAACCCAUUACCUUCACAAAGUACAUCAUCCCAGCGUGCCUCCCCGAGCGUGACUUUGCAGAGCGUGUCCUCAUGCAACAAGAAGAAGGCAUGGUGAGUGGGUUUGGUCGUCUCCAUGAAGGCGGUCUCCAGGCCACCGUGCUGCAGAGGCUCACUGUACCCUACGUAGACCGUUCCAUCUGCAAGGAGUCCACCAAGUUCAACAUCAGCCCCCGCAUGUUCUGUGCUGGCUACGCCAGGGUGGAAAAGGACGCGUGUCAGGGUGACAGCGGUGGCCCACACGUCACCAGGUACAAAAACACAUGGUUCGUGACGGGCGUGGUAAGCUGGGGUGAGGGCUGCGCUCGCAAAGACAAGUACGGCAUCUACACUCAGGUGUCCAAGUAUCUCAAAUGGAUCGAGACCGUCAUGGAGCAGGUCAUGGCCGAGUCUAAAGCAACCAGUAAAUCCAGGAAAAAAAGGGGGGCACUUGGGCAGGUGCCUGUGAUUCGGAUGUGAAUAAAAAUAAAAUAUGGUAAAUUAUGUGUAAAAGAGAUGCAAAUAUAAACAAAAACAACUGGAAACAUGCAUUUAAAUAAAGGUUCCAUAUAUAUAUCUGCAAACUCA